AUGGGGGCUCCCAAGCGCAAAGUGCUUGCCACCGCGGAGGAGACUCUGGUUCCUCCCGAUGAACUCCCCGAGGGGCAGUUGAUCGCCCGGGUCAUCAAGGGAACGGGCAACAAUCUCUACUCGGUAGAGUUACCGUCCAAGACAACGAUCUUGGUCCUGUUACCGCCGAGGUUCCGAUCCACCUUCUGGAUGAAGCGCGGCUCGUAUGUCGUGGUCGACACAAAGACGGUCGAAGGUCGCGAGAGUAAACUCGGAGGAGAGAUAGUCAAUGUUGUAAUGGAUGAGAAAGCCUGGCGCAAAGCCCCCUUCUGGCCAAAAGAAUUCGUCAAACAGACAUUCCAACCAUCGGACGACGAAGAUGAAGAAGAGUCGACAGUAGGCAAAAUGCCACCGUCGGAUGAAGAGGAUGAGUGA